GUCGCCACUGCUCCGCGAGUAAUAGGAAAAGAUUAAACCGUUUCGAGUGGGAGGAAAAUAAGUUUAGUCUGAAUGACAAGGUCGGAAAAGUUGCCUUGAAAUAAUCGCCCAUUGUGCGCAUUGUUUCCGGUAUUGGAAAACAAUUGCGUAUUUUUGAAUGUGCUUUUCAUAUUUUUGUUGUGGUUUAGUCAAUGGUCAUUCUCAUUAUUCUGCUCAUCACUUAAUGAAGAGGGAAAUUCGAAUUCAGUUGCUCAUUCCACAAUACUCUAAUCAAAUCUCUCGCAGCACGGAAAGUAUUCUUUCAUAUGAAAAGAUAAAAUUUUACCGAGGCGCAAGGGAACGUUUAAUACCUUAUGCAAUUUCAAAUGAAACUAUUAAAGUAGGACAUAAUGUAAUUCGAACACACGGAAAUGAUUUUAUAAAAUCAUCAAUCAUACUAAAAUUUAUGACUAUUAUUACGAAUAUAUGUAAUCAUAUUAAAAAUACCAAAACAACCAAUUUUUCAUUAUUCCAUUGCAAUAUUGAUAUUUAAUUUAAAUCGAGUUUAAUACCUCAUGAAAUUUGAAAUGAAACUAUUUAAGUGUGAUUGUCAGUAUAUAUCUUGAAGAAUCAACUAGAGCAAAACACCUCAGAUUUAGACGACAUGAAACAAUUUCACAACGUCCAAAUAUUCUCAACUGUAGAUAGAAUUUUGAUGAAAAAAACCAGUAGAUCGCAUAGCACCAUGCCUACGCCUACUACGUCUCCCAUUCUCAUCUCGAAAUGCAUGGUUUUUCCGACCCAAAAGUCCAAUAUCAAAAGUCUGAAGCUCUCAGUUUCAGACAUAUCAUGGUUGGCGUGUGAAUACAACCAAAAGGGAAUUCUGUUACCUUAUCCACCUGGUCUCUCCUUUGACAGUCUCCUUACCUCACUCAAAAAAGCCCUCGCCACUACCCUGAAACACUUCUACCCCCUGGCCGGUCGCCUCACUACGACCCCCGAUGGUGAAGUCCACAUAGCUUGCAACGAUGCAGGGGUUGAAUUUCUCGCGGUGGACAACGCGGGUCUCUCUGUGGACGACAUUUUGUGUCCGGGCGAUGUUCCUGAUUCCAUCAAGAACUUCUUCACUUACGACACGUUGGGUGACUAUGAGGGACAUUCCAUGCCACUGGCUGCGAUCAAGGUAACGAAGCUAGCCGACGGUGUUUUCAUCGCUUUCUGCACGAAUCACUCGGUGGCGGACGGCCUAUCGCAUUGGGACUUCAUCAACACCUUCGCCGAGAUCAGCAGAGGAGCCCCAAUCUCAACCUCACCCGUCUUCUCCCGCGACACGCCCCUCAACCCCCGGGCCGUGCUCCCGUUCCCGCCGGGUGGACCGACCGGCAAGCACCCUUUCGGAGGCGACGCGUCGUUGACGGAGCGAGUCUUCCAUUUUAGCGGGGACGCCAUCUCGAAACUCAAACAGAGGGCCAACGAGGGAUAUUCAGCGAGAUCGGGGGGUACAGAGGACCGUGGUGGGAUUACGUCCUUCCAAUCGCUCUGCGCCCUGAUGUGGCGGUCCAUCACACGAGCUAGGCAACAGACAACGCUCUUCCGGAUGUCGGUGGACUGCCGCAACAGGUUGGAACCGAGACUCGACCGACGCUACUUCGGCAACGCGAUCCUGGGCGCGGAGAUUGCCGCCUCCGCGGAUGAUCUCCUCACCAACGACCUGAGUUGGGGCGCCAGGUUGAUCCACGAAACCGUGGCGACGUGGGACGAUUCCAAGGUGCGGCGACGGGUGGCGGAGUGGGAACGAGAGCCCAGGGCGAUCCCGAACGACAUCGCCGAGGGGCCGACGAUCUCCGUGGGGAGCUCGCCGAGGUUCCCGGUCUACGAGGCGGAUUUCGGGUGGGGGCGCCCUCUGGCGGUCAGGAGCGGGCGCAACAACAAGUUCGACGGCAAGAUCACCGCGUUUCCGGCAAAGGAGGGCGAUGGAGGUGUCGUCUUGGAGGUGGCGCUGGCGCCAGAGACUAUGACCAGGCUCGAGGUUGACUCGGAACUCAUGCAGUACGCGUCGCACGGUGGAUCGAGUCUAUAGGAGAGGUCGGACAAAAUUUGGAAACUUUAAACGCUUAU